AUGACGAGCGGCGCUGGUGGCUAUUCAGGGUCAAGCUACGGUCGUGGAGGAGGAGCAGCACCUCCAACCAGAAGUUUCGAGGAGCGUGCGCAAGCAAAGGAGCAGAUGAUGGCUUCGGUUCGAGAAUCAUCUCAGCAGGAACGUCGUGUCUACGUGGGAAACCUCUCUUACGACGUUAAAUGGCAUCAUCUCAAAGAUUUUAUGAGGCAAGCGGGGGAGGUUCUCUUUGCCGAUGUGUUGCUACUUCCGAAUGGAAUGUCGAAGGGAUGCGGGAUUGUGGAAUACGCUACAAGGGAUCAAGCCCAACAAGCCGUCAACACGCUCAGCAAUCAGAACCUUAUGGGUAGACUCGUUUACGUUCGAGAGGACCGCGAGGCCGAACCUCGCUUUACCGGACCGCCUGCAGCCCGCGGAGGCUACGAAAGCGGGCCGCCUCGAGGGGGCUAUGGCGGCGGCGGCGGCGGCGGAUUUGGUGGUGGUGGUGGUGGUGGUGGCUACGGAGGCCCUCCUCCAUCCAGCGGCGGACGCCAGAUCUUCGUCAACAAUUUGCCGUACACGGUUGGCUGGCAAGAUCUGAAGGACUUGUUUCGUCAAGCUGCCCAGCAAGGUGCCGUCAUCCGUGCCGACGUCCAUCUAGGCCCAGAUGGUCGCCCCAAAGGCUCCGGUAUCGUUGCAUUCGAGACCGCCGAGGACGCGCGUAAUGCGAUCAACCAAUUCAAUGGCUAUGACUGGCAAGGCCGCAUGUUGGAGGUCCGUGAGGACAGGUUUGCUGGUCCACCCGGUGGCGGUUACCAAGGUCGUGGCGGAUUUGGAGGUGGCAUGGGACGUGGAGGGUUCCGAGGCGGCUUUGCUGGUGGUCGAGGUGGCUUUGGAGGAGGCUACGGUGGACGUGGUGGCUACGGAGGUGGAGGAAGUGGCUAUGGUGGUCCGCCUGCUGGCAGUUUCAAUGACGCUGCUGCUCCUGGCGCUGCCGCUGCGGCACCGAACGCCUUUACCGACUACGCUACAUCUGGAGGAGAAAUGAGCGAGCUCAUCUAUGUUCGAAAUCUGCCAUGGUCCACCAGCAACGAAGAUCUAGUAGAACUUUUCACAACUAUUGGAAAAGUCGAGCGUGCAGAGAUCCAGUAUGAGCCCAAUGGCCGUUCCCGAGGCACCGGCGUUGUCCAAUUCGAUUCACCUGAGAAUGCCGAAACUGCUAUUUCCAAGUUCACAGGAUACCAGUACGGCGGACGUCCUCUCGGCCUGACCUUCGUCAAAUAUCAGAAUCCGGGCGAUGCAAUGGAGGGCACAGAGCAGACUGGGGGCAUGACCCAAGAUCAGAUCAUGUAA